GGAAUAACUUACUUGUAUCUGAAUCCGUUCAGAAGACUGUGUUGCCCAACCCCUUGUCUUAUUUGCAGUCGAAAUGAUUUCUAUUCAGCAUUUGUCUGUUAUAAAAGCCACAUGAAAUUGUAAACAAUGAGUCGGUGGUUGUUCAGUUCCAGAUCUCUUAGAGUGGUAUCCGUUGUUGUAUUUGAAAGAGGGAUUUGCUUCCAUUGUUUGAGAGGCAAUGUGUUACCCAUUUCUUGUAAUAGAGGGUUACGUUCAAAUUGGAUUCAAUCCAAUUGUUUCCAUUCUCAGAUAUUAGCCUUACAAAAGACAGAAGAAAAGAAAACAAGAUUGUCAUUGGCUAACGAAGGAACUGCUUCAGGAUUAAGUUCCAAGAAUGGCAUGGAAAGAAAUUUCAUUACUCCAGUUAGAGCCAUGAAUGAUUUCUUUUUGAAGCCAAGUGAUUUAGAACUUCUGAGAAAGACAAGGCGUAGAUCUCCUUAUGAAAGUGAACCUCCAAUAACUGUUUAUUGGCUGAAAGAUGUUGAAGCAAAAGCAUUGGAAGUGUGGGGCAGUCAGGAAGCCUUGGAUCGUGAAAGAAAGAAGAAAACAGAAGAGCUUAAACGAUACCAGCAAUGUAAGAAAAAAACUGAGUGGCCCAUUUUAGUGAUAGAAUGCAUUUUAAUUUAUUUGUUAGAUAUUUUUAGUGUUAAAAGAGUGUUGAAGGAUAUGAGGAAAGAGCCCACAAACUGGUCACCUCAAGGUGGUCUCAUGGAAGGCUCUGGAAAAGUGGUUUUAACAGCCAUCCUGAUAAAUGGGAGCAAUUUUUUGUUUAAAUUGGUUGCUUGGUUGUAUACCGGUUCACAUUCAAUGUUCUCAGAAUGUCUACACUCAUUAGCAGAUACUGCAAAUCAACUUAUUCUAGCCUAUGGGAUUCACAAAUCUAGCCAACAAUCAAACCCGGACCAUCCGUAUGGCUACUCUAACAUGCGUUAUGUUGCUUCUUUGGUGUCUGGAGUUGGUAUUUUUUGCGUGGGAGCUGGGCUGUCGGUUUACCACGGAAUUACCGGCAUAUUCAAUCCGGAUCCCAUUGGAUCUUUUUACUGGGCUUUUUUUAUAUUGGGGGGAUCUUUGGUUUCGGAAAGUGCAACGUUAUUAAUGGCUAUCAAUUCCCUGAGAAAAGGAGCUACCAAUGCGGAUAUGCCUUUUUGGGAAUACGUCAAGCGAGGACAGGAUCCAAGCGUCAAUGUUGUGUUGUUGGAGGAUUUAGCUGCGGUUGUAGGAGUAGUGGUUGCUGGCAGUUGUAUGGCGGUUGCUUCCCAUCUCGACUCACCGCUGCCCGACGCGGUAGGGUCGCUACUGAUUGGAGUUGUGUUAGGAGCAGUGGCAUCAUUCAUAAUAUAUUCCAAUUCUGCCGCCCUUGUUGGUCGAUCUAUACCAUUGAGCAGUAUCCAUCAGAUAAACUCCGAAUUGGAACGCGAUCUCAUGAUUCGAGCCGUUCACGACGUUAAGGGGAUCGAUAUGGGCUCUGGCCUUGUGCGUUAUAAAGCUGAAGUAGAUUUCGACGGCCGCGAACUGACGCGAUCGUAUUUGGACAAGCAAGAUUUAGAAAUGAUGUUGGAAGAAGUCCGAAAAAUGAAAAACAUAAACGAAAUGGAAGCCUUUUUAUUGAAACAUGGUGAAAAUAUAGUGGAUCUUCUCGGUGCUGAAAUCGACCGUAUAGAGAAUGCUUUGAGGAAAAAACACCCAGAAGUGCGGCACUGUGAUCUGGAACUAUUGUAGACCGCGAAGAUACAUACACGCGAAGUUGGGAUUGUAAAAAUGAAAGCGACUUGCUCUAUACUAUUGCUUUUCUGCAUUUAAAAAAAUAUUUCAGUGGUGUAAAUAAUAAGCUUAAUGCAAUUAAAAUAAUGUACUGUUUGAAUGGAAAUAAAAUAAAAUAAAAAACUAAAACCUA